UCAGGUAUUUGGUGCCACGCCCGUGACCCCGUUGCAUCUCGGCAAGUCAUGUUCCCAUUGCGGGCGAGCUCGCCCGUGUGUCUUGACACAGAGAACUCGGCACACACGACGAUGGUGGUCGACGUCAGUCGCUCCUUUGAUGACAUCGAUUCGCGGGCUUCAACAGGAUAGUGCAGUGCACGCCCACUGGACCUUCACCUUGAUGUUCGUACCUACGAAUAGUCAACGGCCACACCCGUCAACGGCGGCCUGGACGACAUGAGCUUGGCCACGGCCCAAGGUCAGCUUCGCCACACCCUGUCGAUGCCAAUCGAUGUCGUCGCCCUGCCGGCCCCCCUGGCCUGGUCCCCGCCACCACGUACAUAUAUGUGCAUUACUGUAUGUACGAAGUACGUACGUACGCCGCAGGGGGCCGAGGGCCCGGACGCAUUGGACCACCAAGCGCCAUAUGCAGCAGCGCCUGACGCGAGCCACCACCACCACCACCACCACCAUCCCCUCUCCUCCCUUGUUGGACACGACCGCCGGGACCCAAUCGGCCGGCAAGGCCCGGCCGGCGGCGGGCCAAAUUGCACCAGUCUUUUGAGGUGAGGCAAAAAUGAGCAGGAGUGAGUGGCCCGUGGGGGCUUGGGCGAGAGCGGCCGGCGGCGGCAAUGCAGCGACGAGGGGGUGUCGAUUCGUGACCCGUGCGUGCGUCCGGAGGUAAAUGCGCUGGCAGGUGCGAGGCAGGGAAAAAAAGAGGCCUGCCGGGCGACAGCGGGGAUUCUUGAUUUGCCGCACGAUGGAUACUUGGCUUGGUGCCCGGGAUCGCCAGAGCGCAUACCGGCAGUCUUACCCGUUCUUUUUGCCUGUACGAAGUACGUAUGAACGUGCACGAUUAAUACUAGCCUUGAGGUAUUAUGUAUGCUGUUUAUUAGCUGGUCUAUGGUCUUGAGCCAUCAGGUACCUUUUCAGGCGUGCCUACCCAACGACGUCUUUCCGUCUUUCUCUCCUUCAUUUGAACUUGAAGCUGUGCGUCACGGCAGCCUCGAGCUUCUCACAUCGUCAACGAGGAUUCCAUCUCGCCAGGGAGAGAGCUGACAAUCCAAUUCGCCCAAGUUCCAAGUUUGACUCCGUCAGUCUAGCAAGGGCCGCCCCUCCUUCCGGGAUAUCGUCUAUUCUUCACCGACAGUCCCCUCGCCGCCAUUGUUCGUUGCCGCAGUGGGGGGCUUCCCCAUCUCCGUCUCCGCCUCCAGCCUCCCCCUUCCUCCGCCGCCUCCAGCACCAAGCGUCGCAUCCAUAACCGCCUCUCUUCUUUCCCCAGUUCACCCUUUCGCAUUGUUCAUUCACCGUUUCUGCGAGCUCUUUGCCACUGCCGCACAAACCUUUGGAAAGGGCUGGCCCCUGCCUGGUACAGGUCGUCGUUCAAGAUGCCGCUCGAGCAGACGAUAACGAUAGUCAACAACUCGGGCAAGAUCAUCAGCACUGGAAAGCAGCUGCUGUCCAUCUUCAAGGAGGCCAAGGGCGCCUACCAGGACAAGAAAGCCCAGCUGCGCAACGAGCGCUCGUCGAUCAAGCGCAGCCACACCUUCGACCCGACCCGCAGCGUGUACCGCGGCCACGACGAACGCGAGUACUACGAGGACGAGGACGGGCACCACGCCUACGACGAUUACAACCACAAGUACGACGACCCGCGCGACUAUGAGCACAGCCAUGGUGACACCGUCGACUACUACGGCCGCCGGCGGUCGCACGACGUGCAAAGCGUGGCGAGCUCGCGCAGGAGCCACCGGUCGUCGCACUCGCGGCGAAGCAGCAGCAGCAGGCACCAUGAUCAUCACCAUGGCCAUCACCAUCACCAUCAUAGAAGUCGACCGGCUCUGACUGAGAGCAACCUCAAGACUCUGAGCGAGGUCUCCAGCACUGCGCCUAGCAAGGCCCCGCCGCCCAUGGCCUACCGUAGCCCUUAUGCCGAGACGAUGCCCCUCGACAUGGCCAUGUCCAAGAUGGACCUGAACCACGCCGAGGUGCGCAACCGGAUCGCCGCGGCCGAGCGCAGAGAGCGCGAGUCCAUGAUGGUACCGCGCCGGCGCUCCGAGCCCGAGAUGACCAUGGCCCCCUCCCAUGAUAGGAAUAGUAGCAAGGACAUCGACAUGCACCUGGCGUACGGCAACAUCCCGCCAGACCUGGCUACGCGUGUGGAUCUCGACCCGGCGCACCACGACGAGUGGAACGCGCACCAGCUCGUCCACAAGGUCGAGGGACUGCUGGACGAGGCGCACUGCCUGCAGCACUCCGCCACGGCCAUCAUCAAGCAUCUGCAGGAGAAGCCCGACGCCGCCGCCGCGGUGGCGCUGACGCUCGCGGAGUUGUCGAGCGCCGUGGCCAAGAUGUCGCCCGCGUUUCUGGGCUUUCUCAAGGGCGGCUCGCCCGCCGUCUUUGCGCUGCUUGCCUCGCCGCAGUUCCUCAUCGGGACGGGCAUCGCGGCUGGCCUGACGGUAGUCAUGUUCGGUGGGUGGAAGAUUGUCAAGAAGGUCAAGGAGGCCCAGGCCGCGCGCGAGGCCAUCGCCUACGAGGGCGUCCCGCUGGACCGGCCCGCGCCGAUGCGCACGCAGAGCGAGUUCAGCGCGGGCAUGGACGAGGCGCUCGUGGUGGAUGAGGAGCUGAGCACAAUCGAGACGUGGAGGCGGGGCAUCAUGCCGUACGGCGCCGACGAUGAGAGCGCCGACGUUGAGCUCAUCACCCCAGAGGCGGACCGCGCGCACCGCGAAAAGUACGCCAAGGACGAUCUCGACUUUGACCUGAGAUCACGGCGAAGCACGCGCACGCACAAGACCAGCCGGACGCAUCGGACGUCCUCCCACAGGGAUGACAAGGGCAUGGACAGUAGGAGCAAAGGGAAGGGCAAGGAAAAGGAACCCGCUGUUCCGGAGCGGAAGAGCAGCAAAGCGGAGAGCGUGACGGGCCGCAGCGAGCGGAGCAGCAGCAGAAAGUUUUCGUCGUCGGCAAAGCCAAAGGAGAGAAAGGCCAUCGAGGACGGGCGCAGCAGGCGGGGCGACGACGACGCUGCUGACCUAGAUGCCGUGUUUCGCCCCAAAAUUCGACAGGACAACAUGCUCAAGGCCAUUUUCAAGAAGAAGGAAAAGGACGUGGGCAGCCGGAGCGAGCUUGUCUUCGCCUAGGGGGCGUCUACAGUGACUGGCGGCAGAGCCGGCUCCUCGAGCAGUAGCCACAACCGGUAUGUUAACGGCAGACAGUUACGAAGGAUUCCGGAAACGGGACGGCACGGAUGAAUGAAUGAAUCUGGAUGAGGGUUUUGCAUGGUGGUAGACGGGCUUGGAUGAUCGCAUUGACGGAGACAUGGACGUGGCAGUAACAUCAGGGGCAACGAUCAUAGGCGGUUCAUGUUGGGCGUUUUCUUUGCUUUCUGCGCGCGCUCAUCUGCAUUGCCUGGUGGUUAAAUGCAUGAAGACAUUUCGAUUACUGGCAUCUACCUGCAAUAAUGAAUGACUCGGAGUCUACGAGGUAUAGAUAUAUCGUAAGGGAGGAGCAUGACCACAUUCGCGCAUGGUAAUCGCUCUCGACGCUGCUGGUUCAUGUGUAUGUCGCACAGUUACAAUUCAAUAGAAGGCGCUCGAAUGUGUUGAAGAACAA